AGAAAAACGACGAUAAAGAUAGCAACUUUUGGUAUCUGACAAAAAAAAGCCUUGCCCCUACCGGAAGUAGCGUGACGUGGACAAUUGAACAUAUCCGCAAAGCUCCCUAUUGUUUGCAAUGAUGGCCGCCAGAUCUGAGAGCGAUUCUGACCGAGAUAGCGACGAUUUCUCCAUUAAUUUGAGCGAGGAUGAAAGAUUUGUGGAUGAGGAAAGUGCAAGUGAAGGACUAGUGGGGAGUGGAAGCGAUUCAGAUAGGGAAGAAGCUGUGAGAGGGAUAGAGCCAUAUCGCUUUGAACCCGACGCUGAUGAAGACGGUCAGGAGGACGCUGCUGCUAUUGAUGCUGGAGGAGCACACGACAUAGAUCGCCUUGAGAAUACAGAAUGGUGUACAUGUCAAAACUGUGUGAACAUGGAGACAGUGGCUGAGUGUGUCUGCUGUAGUGAAAUAGAGGCAGUGACCAGAACGAUGGAGGAGGAGGGGGUGAAGACGUGCAUCAUAGACCACCAUGGCUUUCCAUCUGUGUGUCUGGAUGAAUGGGUGCUGCAGACAGCGUAUAACGCCUACAAACAGCAAUAUGGCAUGCUGCAGCAACAGCAAAAUGAGCGGAGACGACACACAGCCUAUCGACAGUUUGUCCGCUUCUGCUGGGGAUAUCUGGGAAAGGACAUAAGGGUGGUACUACCAGCUUGUGUAGUACAUAAGAUUAGGACAACAUUCCCAUCGAUGGACUACACGGGGUUCCAAGACGUGCAGUGACUGCAACAGAAUCUACAUGGCCACUGUACUUAAUCAAUAAAAUCAAUCAAUCAAUCAAUCAGUCAAUCAAUCAAUGUUUAUUUAUAUAGCACUAAAUCACAAAUGUCUCAAAGGGCUGUACAAGCCACAACGACAUCCUCGGUACAGAGCCCACACACGGGCAAGGAAAACUCACCCCAGUAGGACGUCGAUGUGAAUGACUAUGAGAAACCUUGGAGAGGACCGCAUAUGUGGGUAACCCCCCCCCUCUAGGGGAGACCGAAAGCAAUGGAUGUCGAGUGGGUCUAACAUAUUAGUGAGGGUCCAGUGGAGCCAGCAGGAGGCCACCCCGAGCGGAGACGGGUCAGCAGCGCAGAUGUCCCCAACCGAUGCACAGGCGAGCGGUAUACCCCGGGUCCCAACUCUGGACAGCCAGCACUUUAUCCAUGGUCACCGGAAUAACCCCUCCACGUGGGGGGGGGGGCAGAGGAGAAAAGAAAAGAAACGGCAGAUCAACUGGUCUAAAAAGGGGGUCUAUUUAAAGGCUAGAGUAUACAAAUGAGUUUUAAGAUGGGACUUAAAUGCUUCUACUGAGGUAGCAUCUCUAACUGUUACCGGGAGGGCAUUUCACACUUACCGAAGCGACUCCUGUGCUUGGCGAUGGCUUCCUCCUUGUCUGGCUUCUCCAGUUCAUCGCAGAGGAAGGGAGGCACAUCCACAGUGACGCUGAGUGGUGUUCUCUCGUCAGGGGUCUGUCUGCAGCCAGCAACAACCUCCCUGAUCAAGUCAUCUA